GCAACACCUUCCCCUAUCAUCUUCAUUUUCAUCGCCCACUGCGCGCGUUUACUUUCCUUUCUAAUCCGGUUGCCGGACUUUCUUCCAACAGCCCAAUCUUCUCCAUCACAACAUGUCCGCCGACGCUGCUCCUCUCCCUAAUAGCCCAGGGCCGUUCCCCGUCGAGAUCCCUCAAGUUCCCGAAUCCAGUUCGCUAUGGGAUCGCAUAACAACAUGGGCUUCAGAACACAAGGGCACCGUCUACGCAAUUGCCGGCGUUACGCUUGUCGUUACGGCGGCAGGAACCAUUUACUAUCUUUCGGAGUCGAACAAAGAUGCCUCGGCGCCCGGUGCCCCAUCCACAGCCAACAAGCGGAAAACUAAGCGGGACCGCAAGAAGGCGAAGGAGCGAGCUGAGAAGGAGGCGGCUAAGGAGGAGGUGAAGGCUGGUAUGGAUGAGCCAAAGAAAGCCUCGGUAGCGCCUGCUGCGGCUGAGGACGAGCUUCCGGAGGUCGACGAAAACAUUGUGCAGACGCUGUCUGAAGAGCAACGGAAAGAAUAUGCCGCAAAACUCAAGGCCGCCGGAAACAAAGCAUACGGUUCCAAGGAAUACAAUCGCGCAAUUGAGCUUUAUGGAAAGGCUAUCCUAUGUCGUCAGGAUCCCGUUUUUUAUUCCAACCGUGCGGCCUGCUGGAAUGCAAUGUCAAAUUGGGAGAAGGUGAUCGAGGAUACGACGGCAGCCAUCAACCUCGACAACGAGUAUGUGAAGGCGCUGAACCGACGAGCGAACGCAUACGAGCAGGUGGAGCGCAAUAGUGAGGCUUUGCUGGACUACACCGCAAGCUGCAUCAUUGAUGGGUUCCGCAACGAGGGCACCGCACACAGUGUGGAACGUCUGCUGAAGAAGGUCGCGGAGGCUAAAGGUAAGGCUAUUCUGGCCGCGAAGGAUAAGAAGCUGCCUAGCCCUACCUUCGUGACAAACUAUCUGCAGAGUUUCAGACCUAAAGACCUGCCUGCUGGUUUGGAGGAUGAUGCUGAGCUGGAUGAGGAGAGCGGAAAGGGACAACUCAGGAAGGGUUUGAAGGCGAUGAAAACGAAGACUGCGGAGGGCUAUGCAGAGGCAGCGGCAGCAUUUGACAGGGCACUGGAGCUCGGCGAUCUUGGGGAGCAUGAGGCAUUCGCGUAUAACAUGCGUGGCACCUUCAGGUAUUUGAAGGGCGACAAUGAUGCUGCUCUGAAGGAUAUGGAUAAGAGUGUGGAGCUUCAGCCUUCGCUCAUCCAGAGCUACAUAAAGCGUGCCAGCAUGCAUCUGGAGCUAGCCAAUCCUGAAGCUGCUGAAGCCGAUUUCGCGGCUGCUCUCGAACACAACAAAGAUGAUCCCGAUAUCUACUACCACCGCGCCCAACUCCACUUCAUCAAAGGCGAAUUCGGCGAGGCGGCUAAAGACUACCAGAAGUCUAUAGAUCUCGACAAAGAUUUCAUCUUCUCGCACAUCCAGCUUGGCGUCACUCAGUAUAAGAUGGGUAGCAUCGCGUCAUCCAUGGCAACAUUCCGUCGUUGCAUAAAGAACUUCGACAAGGUUCCGGAUGUGUACAAUUACUACGGAGAGCUGCUGCUCGAUCAGCAAAAGUACCAGGAAGCCAUUGAGAAAUUCGACACUGCAGUUGAGAUGGAGAAGUCCACCAAGCCGAUGGGUAUGAACGUGUUGCCUCUGAUCAACAAGGCACUCGCCCUCUUCCAAUGGAAGAACGACUUCUCGGAGGCUGAGAAGCUGUGUGAGAAGGCGUUGAUCAUCGAUCCCGAGUGCGACAUUGCCGUUGCCACCAUGGCCCAGCUCCUCCUCCAACAAGGCAAGGUCACGGAGGCGCUGAAGUACUUCGAACGUGCCGCUGAGCUGUCUCGAACGGAAGGCGAGACUGUCAAUGCCCUCUCCUACGCCGAGGCGACGAGGACUCAGUUGGAGGUGCAAGAGAAGUACCCGAAGCUCGCGUCGAGACUAGGCGGAAUGGGUGCUGCAGGCCUUGGUGCCGGCAUGCGGUAAAAAGUCCUUUCCUGGUGAUUGGUAUUUGACUGGUCACGCUUUCUAUUUCCGUUGCACGCACUGCAUGGCCUCUGUUGCUUGUACUUCAUUCUCCCGAUGUAUUCUUUUAUUUUAAGGAGGUACUCCAGGCGUUCCUUUCGUCCUGGCACCUGUCUUUAGGUUCCCGGUUGGAAGCGUGGGAUGGGACGCUUUUUGGAUGGCAGGCGUCGUGUAUUAUACAAGUCGGCGGCGGUGGUUCUAUGUCACGGGCAUAGACUGAGGAUGUAGACGCUUGUUUUCGCAGAUGUGCUGUAUUGAUGGACAAGCGGUGGGAUGGUGGGUGGAAAUGGCGAAGUAAUGCAUGAAUGCGAUCUCAACUUCUCAUAAUGUAAUCGAUUUU